AUGGCGAUUGCCGGGGAUUCCACCGCCGAGCAAGCCCCGGACACCGUUCCCCACGAGCCCCCGGAGGAAUCCAGCGGGUCCCCGGACCAGCCUGACCAUGGUGAGGUCGAUUUCGAGGAGGAGGACGGCGACGCGGAGGAGCUGGACGGGCCGGCGGCGUACGAGGAGAGGGAGCGGGCCGUGCUCCGUCGCCUGUACGGCGAGCCGGUCGGCAUCCGCGUCCACGACAUCAUCAUCCAGGGAAAUUUCAAGACCCGCGACGAGCUCAUCGAGGCGGAGGUCGCCGACCUCCUCCGCUCUGCCGGCACCGUGCAGGACCUGGUGCGUGCCUCCACCCUUGCCAGCGCGCUGCUGCGCCGCCUCGACGUGUUCGAAUCUGUCUGCAUCACCCUCGACGCCGGCCCGCACGAGUUGCCUGGCACCGCUAACGUCCUCAUCCAAGUCGUGGAGGCGGGCACCUUCGGUGGAUUUGGCUUCGUCUGCUACUCCAGAGCACAGGCAAGAUCAGGGUCACUCGAAGGGUCGCUCAAAUUGAGGAACCUGUUUGGUCAUGGGGACAUCUGGAAAGCUUCAGGAGCAUAUGGAUGGCAUCAGUCACCAGAGCUAGGCAUUGGAGUGUGCCUUCCAAGAUUGAAAUCUAUACCAACACCCUUGACAGCUCGGGCAUCAGUACUUUCCCAAGAUUGGCUGGAACUUUCAUCAUACAAGGAGCGUCUGCUUGGCCUUUCAUUUGGCUUACUUUCAACCAGGCACCAUGAUUUGUCUUACGAUCUGACAGGGCGUACCUUAAGUGAUCCCUCACAAAUGGCAUCAAAGUCCGUAAGAAGGCAGUUAGGACACAAUCUGCUUUCUGCAUUGAGAUAUACAUAUAAAAUAGAUCAAAGGGAUUCAGAACUCCGGCCGACAAAAGGAUAUGCAUUUGUCUCAACUUCUCAACUUGGCGGUUUAUGGGACAGAAAAGGACUAAGAUUCUUCCGCCAGGAGUUUGAUGUUCGCGGGGCUGUUCCAUUUGGGUUUUACAACGCUGCCCUGAAUCUUGGCAUAUCAGCAGGGGUGAUUCUACCAUUGGGCAGAGGAUUUAUGGAAUUAUCUUCACCUGUCCCUGAUAGAUUUUACCUUGGAGGCCGUUCUUCUCCCGUAUGCAGCCUUGGUAGGCUAUCAUCUCUGCUGGGUUUCGAAACAAGAGGAGUUGGCCCAUCAGAACCACGGAGGUUUGUCCCAAGCGGCUCUGCUACAGACGAUUCUGCUGCCUCUCCAGGGAGGGAUUACUUGGGAGGUGAUCUUGCUGUAUCUGCCUUUGCUGAUCUGUCCUUUGAUUUGCCUAUAAAGCUGUUCAAAGAUACUGGAAUACAUGGUCAUGCAUUUCUUUCUGCUGGAAAUCUUGCCAAGUUGUCUGAGAGUGAGUAUAAGAAUUUUUCAUUUCCCGAGUUUCGGCGGACAUUCAGAAGCUCUGCUGGUAUUGGCAUUGUACUGCCAACCAACCUUUUCCGGCUGGAGAUAAAUUACUGUUAUAUUUUGAAGAAACGUGAGCAUGAUCGUGGAGAGACUGGAAUUCAGUUUAGUAUCUCUCUACCGUAA